CUAUGGCAUAGAUGCUUCCCAGCCUUUAGUGCAGCUGCCCCCACGCUGAUGGGCUGUGUACAUGAGGAGAGGCGGGGCUCAUGUAGUGAGUACAGCAUCAGGGGAGGAAUCACUUACGUAACUGGGACGGAGAUUUAGCGGAAGCAGAGAGGAGGCAGAGGCUGGGAUGGGAACAGUGAACUGUCGGCAGGGGCGACAAACCUGCGAAGUUCCUCCUCACAAGCAGGUUGACAACAUGCGGGGCUCCUGGGCCCGAGGCUGGAAGAGCCUCUGGUCAGGUGUGGGGACCAUCAGGUCAGGUCUGGAAGAGCUGUGGGAAGUACAGGGGCAUCAGUGCCUGGAGCUGGAGCCCCUAGAGCCAGCCUCACUGCUGACAGAGAAGCCUCUGUCUGAAUGGCCAGUGCCUCAGUUCAUCAGCCUCUUUCUACCGGAGUUUCCCAUUAGGCCCAUUAGGGGGCAGCAGCAGCACCUGAAGAUUUUGGGGCUUGUGGCUAAAGGCUCCUUUGGAACUGUCCUCAAGGUGCUAGAUUGUACCCAGAAUGCUGUGUUUGCUAUAAAGGUGGUGCCCAAGGCAAAGGUCCUACAGAGGGACACCCUGAGGCAGUGCAAAGAGGAGGUUAGCAUCCAGCGACAGAUCAGCCAUCCUUUUGUACACAGCUUGGGAGACAGCUGGCAGGGGAGACGGCACCUGUUCAUUAUGUGUAGCUACUGCAGCACAGAUCUGCACUCCCUGUGGUCUACUGUCCGCUGCUUUCCUGACACUCUGGUCCGUCUCUUUGCUGCUGAGCUGGUCCUGGUACUGUGCUAUCUCCAUGACUUAGGAAUCGUCCAUCGAGAUGUGAAGCUGGAGAAUAUCCUUCUGGAUGAACGAGGCCAUCUGAAACUGACAGACUUUGGUCUGGCCCGCCACCUGCCCCAGGGAGCCCGGGCCUAUACUAUCUGUGGCACUCUCCAAUACAUGGCGCCAGAGGUCCUGAGUGGAGGGCCUUACAACCACGCUGCUGAUUGGUGGUCCCUGGGUGUCUUGCUCUUCUCUCUGGCCACUGGAAAGUUUCCAGUGGCUGCAGAGAGAGAUCACGUGGCCAUGUUGGCAAGUGUGACCCAUGGUGACUCUGAGAUUCCAGCUUCUCUUAACCCAGGGCUCUCGCUCCUGCUCCAUCAGCUUUUAUGCCAGAACCCUCUCCACCGUCUACGUUAUCUGCAUCACUUCCAGGUCCACCCUUUCUUUCGGGGUGUGGCCUUUGACCCAGAGCUCCUACAGAAGCAACCAGUGAACUUUGUCAUGGAGAUACAAGCUACCCAGCUCAGUCCACUGGAGUCCAUGCCCUUCAAAGACUUUGACUGUGAUCUGGGGUCCUUCCUGGUCCACCUCAUUCCUGCUUGAGCUCUCUACUGUAAAUUGGCUCCCAGUUGGGAACCUGAGGAUCUCCUCCAUUGCCUCAGUAUGGCCACCUCCUUGAUCCAGUUUGUUUUCACUUCGUAGCCCUUAAGCAUUUUGUUCUUCAAGGCAUUAGACCAGAGUUCAGAUCUUGGGCAUUCUGUUACUGGUAGCCACAAUUGGCCCUCCCCUUCCCUAUCACAUGUGCCGCAUCUCAAUUAGCAUCUCAGAUCUAGGUGGUGACAUUUCCUUUGUUCAAUUUCUCUAGUGCUCUUACCCUCAAGCUAUCAGGCAGAGGUUCCUUCCACUUUUUCUUUUCCUUGAUUCUCUGCCAUGUUUCCUUUCUUGGGUAAUAAUGAUGCUUCAUGAGUUCCCACAGUGCAAUGUGUUUAAUAGGCUAAUCAGAAGUAAUAUGAAUAUUUUUCAAAGGUCUCAAAAGCUGGCAUUUCAACUCCUAAAUAUGCAGCUAAAAAAUAUGAACUGGGGACUUGAAACCAGUCUGCAAUAAAUCUAAUUUUUAAAAAUCAAAAACUGAAUCUAAUAUAUACAACAGAGUAUAAUAAUCUAAUAAUAGACUAAUGUGAGGAAGAAAAUAGAAACUGAAACAUGGGUGGGUUUUAUGUCUUCCCUGGGUAAUUAGAACCGCUAUCCACAUCUUUCCCAAAAUAAAUCCUCUUUGGAAGACAGGAUUUCUGAACUGAUCAUUUCCCCUCAACAGCUUAGGAUUCAGUUUCUGAUGGGCAAACCAGGGAAUUAUGAGGCAUGACAUCAACCUUAGAUUUGUUAGAGAUGUAUUUUGAGUGUUUCCUAUCUUUAGCAAGGAAAAUCAUCUGAACUUUGAAUUUGUAUACACUUCUGGCCUUCAUGGCUUUUUUUUUUUUUUUUUAAUUUUUCUUAAACUGCCUUCUCAAAAGCUUCAUUUUUGCUCUGAGACUUCAGAGAAAAAUAUGUUUUAAUCUAGACCAUAUUAUUUUUCAAUUAUAUCUUCUCUUUCUUUCUAGACCAAAGAGAGUCUAGUGAGUACUCUGCAUACUUUUAUAUACUUUUAUUUAUUAAUUCUGUCUCUGGAUUAAGUCAGAUUUUAUCUGUAGAUAGCUGGUUUUUCUUUUUCUUUUUUGUUUGUUUGUUUGUUUGUUUGCUGUAGAGCACAUGUGCUAGACAGAGAAAGAGGAAAGUAAGAAAUCAG